AUGUUGGCUGACCUUGGUCUUGGUCACCAUAAUAUAGACGCUUGCGUCAAUAACUGCUUCUUGUAUUACAAAGACAACAAGGAUGAAGUUGAGUGCCCACACUGCUACGAGCCAAGGUAUGAAGCUUUCACUUCAUCUAAGCAGAAAAAGCCCAUUCCUAGGAAGGUUCUUCGUUACUUCCCGUUGGGUCCUCGAUCUCGUAGACAUCUUUCUGAGGAUCAUGAGUGGUGGUGGGAUGCUGAUGCAUUUGAUGGGAUUGAGGAGCAUAAUCUGAAACCCCUAAGGAGGUCUGGGAAUAUCGCUCGAUGUGUUAAGAUGGGAGAAAAUAAGAUUAGUGGGUUGAAGACUCAUGACUGUCAUGUUUUGCUGCAACGUCUUCUUCCCGUGGUAAUUAGACCGUAUUUGCAGAGUGAUGUGGUUGACACGUUAGUGGCUUGGUCAAAGUUCUUUCAGAGGAUAUGCGCUAAAGAGCUUAAAAAGUCUAAUGCUCGAUCAUUGCAAGAAGACAUUGUGAACAUCAUGUGCAAGCUGGAGAGGAUCUUUCCCCCCACUUUCUUUGACAUCAUGAUUCACCUCAUGAUCCACUUUCCCGAACAAGUGUUACUUACUGGUCCGGCAACUGGGGGAUUUCAAGAAGAAGAUCACAAAAACAAACGUUUUCCUGAAGGGUCGAUCACGGCGGCAUACAAUCAGGUUGAGUGCAUAACUUACUGCAGCGCAUAUCUCAAUGAUGAAGACACAGUGGGGGAAUCAUCUGGAGCGAGUAGUAGCUGGCAAUUCAAUCUAUCAGUUGUUUUCAACGAUGUUGAACCGUACGGCAGGUUAAGUAAUUCUGAAAGAUUAAGUAAUGAUGAGAUCAAAGAGGCUCAUUGGUGUGUCCUUCAACAUUGCGAAGAAGCCGAGCAAUACUUCAAGUCCCAUUUGGACAGGCAGUAUGGUAACGAAGUCAUACACAAGAGAGAUUUUCCUGAUUACUUCCUUAUUUGGAUGAUGCACAUUCAACAGCAGUUUCCUGCUUCUUACGACCCGGAGUUGCACUUGUUGGCUGGAGGACCCUAG